UGCAAAUUUUGCAGCAAAAAGUUUCCAAAAAACUGCUUUCGGGGCUGGUCCCAGAAGAAAUGGAAAACAAUAUCCACCUUUGUUUCUUGAAUGAUCCAAACCCUCAUCUUAUAUCUUCUCGCGCUUCCUGUGUGCCUUUUUGUUUGAUAAUUCGUUGAAGCGGAAUUCGGGUUUCAAGGAAAUGGCUUCAACCCAGCUCAAUUUCUCUUCCAUGGCGAUUUCACGUUUACAGCACCAGAAUGGUCUCUGUUGCAUCAUUCCUGUAACAAGGAGUUAUGGAACUGAUUUGAGAUUGAUGAAUACUCAAAGCUGCUACUUGAAGUUCAAGACCAGCUGCACGAGGCCAACAUUAUUAUUGAAAGAGAGUGAUAUUCCAUCGCAUCAAGGCGACUUAGUCAAUGAGUGUGAUGCUGAAUCCUUAAAAGCUAUAGCAGCUGAAAUAACUUCUAAUACAUGCGGGUCUUUCCCAGCCGAUGAUGAAUUUAAUUUGGAUCGUCCAACUGCUGGAUUUUCGUCCAUAUCAGAAGCCAUUGAAGACAUCCGACAAGGCAGGGUAUAUCUUCGUUAGCUCACACAUGAUUGUCAUUUGACAAAUCACUGUUUUAAUGUACUACAUACUGAUAAGAAGUGUUUUUAGAUGGUUAUUGUUGUGGAUGAUGAGGAAAGAGAGAACGAGGGGGAUUUGAUAAUGGCAGCAUCAUUGGUGACACCUGAAACAAUGGCGUUUAUUGUAAAGCAUGGAACUGGAAUAGUUUGUGUGAGCAUGAAAGGAGAAGAUUUGGAGAGGUUGAAACUUCCACUAAUGGUCUCACAGAAUGAGAACGCCGAGAAACUCACCACUGCCUUCACUGUGUCUGUGGAUGCUAAAUAUGGCACAACAACAGGUGUGUCAGCUCGUGAUAGAGCUGCAACUAUACUGGCCCUUGCUUUGAGGAAUUCAAAGCCAGAGGAUUUUAACCGCCCAGGUCAUAUCUUUCCUCUCAAGUACAGAGAAGGUGGAGUACUAAAAAGGGCCGGUCAUACAGAAGCUUCUCUGGAUCUCGCCGUAUUGGCCGGGUUAGAACCUGUUGCUGUUCUUUGUGAAGUAGUAGAUGAUGAUGGUUCCAUGGCUAGAUUGCCAAGGCUUCGCCAGUUUGCCAAGGAGGAAAAUUUAAAGAUCAUUUCUAUUGCUGAUCUUAUUAGGUACCGCAGGAAAAGGGAGAAGCUGGUGGAACUUGCUGGUGUAGCACCAAUUCCUACAAUGUGGGGACCCUUUAAUGCUUACUGCUUUAAGUCUCUUCUGGAUGGAAUUGAGCAUAUUGCCAUGGUUAAAGGUGAUAUUGGAGAUGGGAAAAACAUCCUUGUUAGAGUACAUUCAGAAUGCCUCACUGGUGAUAUAUUUGGGUCCUCCAGAUGUGAUUGCGGUAACCAGCUUGCUUUUGCGAUGAAACAAAUCGAAGCAGCUGGCCGGGGUGUGUUAGUCUAUCUUCGUGGACUUGAGGGAAGGGGCAUUGGUUUGGGGCACAAGCUCCGUGCUUACAACCUGCAAGCUGAUGGGCGCGACACUGUUGAGGCCAAUGAGGAGCUCGAUUUACCUGUUGAGUCCAGGGAGUGCGGAAUUGGUGCUCAGAUAUUGCGAGAUCUUGGCGUUCGCACAAUGAAGUUGAUGACAAAUAACCCCGCUAAUUAUGUCGGCCUCAAAGGUUAUGGUCUUUCAAUUGCAGAAAGAGUGCCAUUAGUAACUCCAACAGCUACUGAAAAUCGAAGAGAUCUUGAGAACAGACGUGCCAAGGUGAGGCAUGUUCGUGAAACAUAUAUGGAUAGCCAUGUAAAUGGAGCUGUCUCAGAUACAACUCAAGCAACUCAUGAGCAGGCUUCAGGUAAUAAUAACUGGUAAAAGAUUAGGAUAGUUUAUAUGUAUUUCCAAGUUUUAUUUACUACUCAUUAGUUUCUAGUUUUGAAGCACCAAAAUAUGUUAUGGCCUUUUCUGUUCCAUACUUAGGCUUGUCUUAUAACUAAGAUAACUCGAUAUGUUUCAUGUUUUUCGGUUAAUAUUUGUUGUUCUUAUUUUACUCUGACCAUUUAGUAUAGUUGUAGAUACCUUCUUACAGUUUGUUGAACACAGAAAGUAUGACCUAAAGCAAGUUCAC